AUGCAAUACGACAACCCAUUCCCCGGGAUGAAUCCGUAUUUGGAACGGCGGGACAUCUGGCCGGAUUUUCACGACGGAUUGAUUGUACAGCUGCGAGAUAUUCUCGGACCUCUGCUGCCGGAUAACUACCGUAUCGCCCUGCACCGGCGUGUUGAGGUUCAAGAGCCAUUCGGUUCUGCCCUGGGCUUGAACCUGAUGGUGCCCGACGCGCUGGUUACCAGGGAACCGACGGUCACUCCGGUGGGCCCAACCGCAACCGCGGAGGCUGCGACCGCCGUAGCCGCUCCGCCGGAAGAGGCCGGAGGCGUGCGCGUUCGGAUGCCCCGGGAGAUUCGGGUUGCUUGGCUGCGGGUGGAAACCGUGCCCGACCGGGAACUGGUAACCAUCGUUGAGGUUCUGUCGCCUACCAACAAAGCGCCGGGGCGGGAGCGGCUUCGCUAUGUCCGCAAGCGUGAGGAACAUCUCGUCGCACGUUUGAAGCCGCUGGGGAUCAGGUUGACCCCCCAACGCCUCGCCAUUGCCGAAGUGGUGGUCAACUCAGCGGACCAUCCCACGGUGCGCGACAUUUUCGAGAGGGUGCGUGAUUUCUUCCCGUACGUGACGCUGGCAACGGUGUAUUCGACGCUGGCGCUGCUGGAGCGGGCUGGCAUCGUGCGGGAGUUGCCGUUCCAGAAGCAGUCCCGUUAUGACGCCAACCUGUCGCCCCAUGCCAACCUGGUGUGCCUGGGCUGCGGCGCGGUGGUGGAUGCGGAAGUCGGCCAGGAAGGCGUGGCCGACCUGGAACGGGCGGUCGGCGAGAACACGGAUUUUCACAUCUCCUCGCAACGAGUUGAUUUUUACGGCUAUUGCGAAGGCUGCGCCCGGGACAACUAG